AGCCGCUCGCUGCCCAUGGACGAAGCCGGAAGGGCCCCCGCUCCCGCGGUGGUGACCGUCACGGCCUCCGCCGCCGCGCCCUCGCCUCCCGCUCCCCCUCCCCCGCCCCCUGCCACCGCCACCGCCGACACCGGCACGCCCUCGCCCGACCCCGAUGCUCUCUAUCAAGAGGGGAUGUGGGACCAGAUGGCCAUGAGCAGCGGCGCCACUAUGCAACAGGGCCCAUAUCCUGAGCGGCCGGGGGAACCCGACUGCACUUACUACCUCAGGACUGGAUUGUGUAGGUUCGGCUUGAGCUGCAGGUUCAAUCACCCUCCUGAUAGGAAUAUGGCUAUUGCCUCUGCUAGAAUCAAAGGAGAAUAUCCUGAGAGGGUGGGACAACCAGAAUGUCAGUACUAUCUGAAGACUGGAACAUGCAAGUUUGGGCCUACAUGUAAAUUCCAUCAUCCCAGAGAAAAGGCUGGGAUCCAGGGAAUGGCACAGCUAAACUCAUUAGGAUACCCACUUCGACCGAAUGAAAGGGAGUGUGCAUACUACUUAAAAACGGGACAGUGUAAAUACGGGAAUACAUGUAAAUUUAACCACCCAGAACUUUUCAAUGCGGUGCCUUCCUCGCGUGGUUCCCCUAUUUAUCCUUCUGUACAUACCUCUGGAAGCACUGGUCCACAUUCCUAUACUGGAACUACUAUGGCCAGCUGGGCUUAUCCAAGAGGUUCUUUCGUUCCAAGCCCUCGAUGGCAAGGUGCUUCAAAUUAUGCACCGAUGAUUGUACCACAAGGUCUUGUUCAAGUACCAAGCUGGAAUUCAUAUCCUGGACAAAUACUACCUGUUUCAUCUUCCGAGAGUCGACUUCAGUCUCCAGGAGCUCAACAAUACUAUGGAACUUCUCGACAAGGUGAAGGUAGUGCUGGCAAUCAGGGAAUGCUCUCACCCUACAGAUCCAGCUCGUUUCCUGUACCUCAGUAUGCGCUUCAGAGAGAGAAUGUAUUUCCCGAGAGACCUGAUCAACCAGAAUGCAUAUACUACAUAAAGACUGGAGAUUGUAAGUUUGGUGCAGUUUGCAAGUUCCAUCAUCCCCGGGUGCGAUCACAACCUUCCCCAGACUGUGUGUUGAGCCCAAUGGGUCUUCCACUACGCCCAGGGGAAGAGCUCUGCAAAUUCUAUUCCCGUUAUGGCAUCUGCAAGUUCGGCGUAAACUGCAAGUUUGACCACCCAAUGGCUACUCCGGUUGGCGUCUAUGCGUAUGGCUACUCCGCCUCGGCUUCACCUAACGCGCCUACUGCCCGGCGCCUCCUGGAGUCCCCCUCUGGAUCUGCCUCGUACCCAUCCUAGGUCAGGGUCCCUUGGCAUUUGACCCGCUGCCUGCCUUGAUGUAUAAAAUGCAUCGCCGCCCCGCCUGAGGCGCUGCGAAAUGUUUCCCCUAACUCCCCGGAAUCAAGUUCUGUAAAUUGAGUUGCUGCCAGAGAUGUACAGUUCUCUUUUUUUUGUUUUGUCAAUUCAGAAUCAUUGGAGAGGCCAAUUGCAACCGAAAUAAUUGAAUGCAGAUAACCCAGUUUUCAGGCUUA